AUGGGCGGCCUUCAUGCAAUUCCACUCUCGAUUUGCAUCACUCUUCUCUUUGCUAUCAAUGGCGAAGCUGUUACUCCUAGAGAAACACUUGAGAUAAUCAUAGGUGUUGGUGCUCCGUCGUCGCCACCACCGGAAUUUCAAGAUUGCCCCCCUCCACCUCCACCUCCAUGUCCGCCACCACCAUCAACAAAACCGCCAUCACGGAAACCACCGCCUCCUCCGUCACCAAGUCUAUCACCACCACCACCACCACCUCCGCCAUCACCACGUCCACCAAAACCACCACAGACGCCAUCACCACCAGGUGGUUUCUUCGAUGGUUUCGCCAACAUGCUACAACAAAGAGACUUUAAAGUAAUCCAAGCCUUCAAAAACAAAGUGACAAGCGAUCCCACAGGAAUUACGAAAACAUGGAAAGGCAAGAAUAUUUGCGAUUACCAAGGGUUCAUUUGCGACGUGGUACCGGAUGUUAAACAAAGGGGCAUCGCCGGCGUCAACUUCAACAACAGGAAUUUGUAUGGACCAAAUCUAACCCUGACCGAAUUUCUAACCGGUUUGAAAGAUAUCGCAUUUUUCCAUGCAAAUUCCAAUAACUUCACUGGCUCCAUCCCCGCUGAUAUCGGCACACUCCGCUACUUAUUAGAGCUCGACCUCAGUAACAACAAAUUUACCGGUAGCUUUCCCUACCAAGUCCUCCAUGCCAAGAAGUUAGUAUUCCUCGACCUCAGGUUCAACACCUUUUCCGGCGUAGUACAUCCAGAUGUCUUCCUUCUCGACCUCGACUUGCUAUUCAUCAACAACAACAAUUUCAAGCAAACACUCCCCGAAAGCCUUGGCUCAACCACCGCGCUUUAUUUAACCCUAGCUAACAACCACUUCAUUGGUGAAAUCUCUAAGAGCAUUGGUAGAGCUGCCAAAACCCUACAGGAGGUUCUUUUCUUGAACAACCAGUUAACCGGUUGUUUGCCGUAUGAGAUCGGACUUUUGAAGAAAUCCACAGUGUUCGACGUCGGAUUCAACGAUCUAACAGGCCCAAUCCCGCACUCGUUUCAGUGCUUAGAGAAAAUGGAGCUUCUGAACUUGGCUCACAAUAAGUUCUACAACGAGGUGCCAGAGGCGGUGUGCAACCUUCCGGAACUGUCGAAUUUCACUGUAUCGUAUAAUUAUUUCACUCAGGUUGGGCCCCGGUGCCGGGAACUGAUCAAGAAAGAAAUUCUUGAUGUGAAGAUGAACUGCAUUUUGGAUCUUCCGAAUCAAAGAUCACCGACAGAUUGUGCUCGUUUCUUUUCGAAUCUUCCAUCUUGCCCUGAUAAAAAAUCUCUGACAUAUAUACCUUGCUCCAAAGGGUAUUCUAGUAAUGAUCAGUUGGAGGCGUCCAACGUUCAAUGGGCUACUCCGUCGCCGGCACCGGCUCCUCUAUGGCGAAGUUAUGGUGCUCUUUCGCCAAAUUAA